ACCACUCUUACUGUUAAAUCAAGCCUUUUUUUAUACAUUUUUUUUUUCUCUCGAACGCGUCCACGAUUUACUUGUCCUUUAUUCUUUCAUUUUCUUUAAACCGUCAUUGUUCAUUCAGCUUUCGUUUUAACUACCAGUUUAUUACGACACAACUUUACUGUUAUAAUCCACCAGCAUCAAAAGAUCAAAGCGACAAAAGAUGAUUGUCGAUAUACUUCCAUUUCGUCUUAAACUGGCGUCAAUCGAAAAAGCAGAUAUUCCGCGAUGCACACAUCAACUCAUGAAGCUUGUCUUAUUCCCAGCAGGGCCACAACACUUUUUUUCGUACACAGAAACCGACAAAGAAGUCUCGCUCAUCCUGGAUGAGACACAUCUCUCUGGAUUUCCCGAGGACACACUCAGUAUCUGUAAUGUGAUAUGGCGGGCUGUACAGAUCGAGCCUGGCGAGUCGGGCCUCGGCGCCUUGGAAGUGGUCUCUCAAGUCUCAAAGCCCUUGGCAGACAUUAAUGUCUCCAUCAUGCAAAUAUCUACCUAUGACGCAGACUUUACGCUGUUACCUGAAUGCGACCUUCUUCGAGCACUCGAGUGUCUCUCCAACACGUUUACCAUAAGUAAUAAUCCAUUAGAGGAUGUUGGCUUACAACCAUCAGACUUACAGUCUUGGGACGAAAGCUUUCCAACCUGUCCCUCCGAGAUCACAUCGCUUCAAGAUGCACUUUUGGUUGGAGCAGCCAUGACGCGAGGGCGUCAAUCUAGUCUUUCAGUUGGAUUGGAUGGCCGCUGUGAAAAUGGAGCAGAUGAUGCUCAAAGCAGCAGCGGGUGCGAAGACAGUGGUAUUGGAAGUGAGGCAACGAGUGGGCCCAGUAGUGGGUUGGCAAGCGGCCAUGGAAGCCAUGUUCUUGAUACGACCAUUCAGGGACUAGACCCGUCAUUGAUCUCGUCAUUAUCUCUCAAGGACGGAGCAAGGGCUGCAAGAGCUAGGCAACCUUAUCAAGCUAACUAUCCACAUCGACUGCAUAUUACAAGCAUGGAGCAUGGUCUGAUGGAUCAGUUAGCUAUUCGAUUGCUUGAAUCCAUCUUUUUUGAUAAUAGAGAAAGUCGUUUUUUCUCGUUCACUCAGACUGAUUCAACCCUCAGUAUUAUCAUGGAUGAUGCCACCAUGAGUUUGUUCCCAGACCACACCCUCAACACUCAAGCGGGAAAUUGGCGUCCAAUCUCGAUCGGCGAUGGCCCACUUGGGUUUGAUGAAUGUGGAACCGUAUGUCAGUUCACUAGACCAUUGAGUGAUGAUGGUAUUGGGCUCUUCUAUCUGAGCACAUUUAGUUCGGAUUACAUCAUGGUCAACGAUCAAGACUUCGACAAGGCAGUUACAUGUUUGGAGGAGACUGCUAAGGCUCUUGGUGUGUCAUCAUCGUCGUCGCAGGAACAGGGCGAAACAGAAACACAGUAUGCCCAACAGCAUCGCCAUCAGCGUCGCCAUCGUCAUUGCCAACGGGACGCAAAGUCAAUACAAUCCAUUGACACAGCUUCACUCUCAGACUCAUUGUCGGAGAUGGAAGCAGCAGAACUAUCACCUGUAUCAACAACUGCAGACGCUUCAGAAGUCUACAAGGCUGAUACAUGUGGAGACGGAUCAUCACUGGUUGAGGGCGUCUCGACUUGAAUGGAGAAAAAAGCAAACAUUUCUGUCGUUCGAGACAUUUUAUCAUCCAUUGAUGUUACGAGAGAACCCUGAUGUCAUUUAUUUUUUCCAGCACCUGCACAUAAGCUAACAUCAAAUCAGCAUCAGAUUCAUUUCACCUUUCAAAAUCAACACUAGUUACAAUAUGUCCAUGUACAUCUUAUAUUCAGUGAAGAAUCAAAACUGCAGUAACAAAAUACCAAAAUCAAACCGUCCAUCUGUACACUAGAAUGAAAGUAUUUUAUUCAGGGAAUAAAAUCAUGAGGCGUAAAUAAAUAAUAAUAAAAGAAAAUGC